AUGAAGAAUAGAAUAUGGAGCUGGUGGCUUGGUCUGGGGUGGAUAUCAGCCUUGAAUGAAGCGCAGGAGUUGAGAUGUAUCGACUCUACGACUUUGAGUGAGUUCUGCGAUGAAAUGUCCUGUAGAAUGGGAUCUUUGAAAUGUGCAAAAACAUGUGGCCUUUGCUCCGAUUCAAGGUAUACUUACCAACAGUACAUCCUCGAAGUCCCAGAAAACGAAACCUGCAACCGAUAUGAGCUAGCCACACUCCAAUGCCAACAUUCUUGCGAAAAAUCAUCUUCUGGGCAAGCUCGAUGCAAGUGCGAUGCUGGAUACUAUUUAUUUGCGGAUAAUAAAAGCUGCAUCGAUAUUGACGAGUGCCGUAAUGCCCGAAAAGAAGGCAAAACAUUAUGCGACGGCGGCUUUUCCCGCUGUACAAACGUACCUGGAAGCUACACCUGUUCCAUCGGAUCGACGCCAAGACCCACGACAACUAUUGGAAGAAACGCUUGUAGCUCCACUUAUUACAAAGAAAGCACAUGCUGCAAGCCGUCAACGAAUACUUGCGGAAGAAAGCCGCAGGAAAUGCAAAGUCGAAUUGUGAAUGGAGUCAUAACAGAAGCGAAGAAUUGGCCUUGGGUGGCUCAUAUUUACAUCCGAAACCGCAGCGGACAAAUCAAUGGUUGUGGGGGUGCCUUUGUUUCAGACGAUAAAGUCAUUACCGCGUACCACUGUGUCUUCGAUCAUCUCAGUCGGUAUAACGAUCUCACUGUUAUGGCUGGCGUUGACGACGGAUUUUGGGCAAGUGCAACGUCAACUGCUGGACUUGUUCCUCAAGAAUACGAAGUCACGAAUGUCAAGGCUCCUCCCGGAGCGAGUAAGCCAAGAUAUGAACAGUCUGAUAUCGCGAUCCUUACUGUCAGAAAAGUGGGAGCUCGAUCAAACAGUUUCCAAGUCACGCCAAUCUGCCUUCCUCAAGAAGAAACCCCCGCUGUUGGAAGAAACUGCUACGUAGUCGGCUAUGGUGCUGCUUCAUGGGGCGGAGCCCCGACGAUGCAGUUGAUGGAGGCAAAAGUGCCAAUCGUCAAUGACCAAACAUGCAAAAAUGAUUACGAUUCAUUCCGUAUGAAGGAGAAUUUCAACGAAGAUGUGCACAUCUGCGCUGGGUACGCGAAUGGCUACCAAGAUGCUUGCCAAGGAGAUUCUGGAGGACCUCUCAUGUGUCAACGAGAAAACAGCUGCGAAUGGUACCUCGUCGGAGUCGUCUCCUACGGCUGGAGAUGUGGGGUCAGCUAUGGUGUUUACGCAGAAGUCAACGCCUUCGCCGACUGGGUCCAUCAAAAUGUCGGAGUUCCGAAAAACCCCGCAGAGGGAAAAACCUGCGAGAUCAACUACGGCGACGAAGGCUGCGAAGCGCUCAAAUUCGACGGAAAACUUUACCAAUACGAUGCUGCUUCUGACUCUUACGUCCUGAAAGACCCAACGCUUCCAAAACAAACGUUGUUCCAGUAUUCCGAUUUUUUGAUUUUGAAGUUUGGCGAUAAGCCGUCUUCUGGGGCUGGAACUGACACGAUCGCAGCGUUUCGCAUUCCAAAGGAUCGAGUCUGCAUGUUUGACACUGAAGUUCAAUGGUACUUUACUGAUCAAUGGCUCGAAGAAGAGGACGAGUGCGAAUCAAACUCUUAUGGCGCCGUCAUCACGAACAAUCUCGGCGAAAUUUUCAACCUUUACCUGGACGAAGACAAAACAGCUUCUACUGAGAAAACGCAUUUCAAAAGUGAUACUGGCGUUACUCUUUAUUACGGCGUGUAUUCCGGCGGCGGAUAUUGGGUACUCGGCCGGAAUUAUAAUAUUCAGAUGUCGAUGUGUUACAAAACUGGAGAAAAAGAUGCGUGUAUUGAAGACCUUGGUGGAAGUGGCUGGUCGUGUUUGAACGCAGGUGGAAGCUGGGUGAAUAAUCAACAAGUUUCUAUCAGUGUUAUCGUCCCAAUCACUACUGAUGCUCCAACAGAGGAACCAGUGGUAACUGAUGUUGCCGAUCCAGUGACAACACAAGCACUUGUGACGACUGAUGGAACAACAGCAGCUCCUAGUUCUCCAACAACAAGGGCAAGUACAACGACUCCUACUACAACAACAACUACAUCAACAACUACGACAACAACUACGACAACAACGACGACAACGACGACGACGACGACCACCACCACAACAACCACUUCGACGAAAACGACAACGACAACUACUCGGACAACGACCACUCCGACAACUACAACUUCGACCACGCCAACGACGACCACGCCAACAACAACCUCGCCGACGACGACAACUCCAACAACGACAAGUCCGUCAACAACGACACCUGCUCAAGAAACGUCAGAAACUGGUCGUCUAACAUUUACAAUGAAUUCCUAUGGAAUCUAUGGAGAAUUGACGCUCACUCAAACUGAGGACGACCCAAAUAGGUUUGUUGAUGAAGCAAAGAAUGUUGUGCUGUACUACACGGAUACUUACAAAGCAUGGGCACUUGUUCCAGUCGGAAAAGACGUCUAUAAUCUGUUUUGUUAUGCAUCAACGAGUGUUAAAGAAAAUUUCGUCGACAAUAUAACAAGCAUGACUUGCAAAACUCUUCAAAAUAAUUGGGUCAGACAGGAUAUUGGCCUGGAAGUCAUCUCGUCUGGUUCUGCCAUUGUUACAACUGAAGCUGCUGUUGAAGAAUGUGAUCCUGAAUGCGAACCAUCUUUCAGCUUCGAUAUUCCCAAAUAUGGGAGAGUAACAAUGACGGAGAUUUUCGAAGGCUCAAAUGAAUAUUUUGACAACGAUAAAAACAUUUUCCUCUACUACGAUAAUAAGUACAAGUCCUGGAUUGUCGCUGAGCAGCCUAAUGAAGUAAGCAAAUUCCUCUGCUACAGUCAGAUCUUGAAAGAAGAACCGCUUCAAAAUAUGGAAGGCAACAUCAGCUGCAAGAAUCCUGCUUGGGGAAGUCCCUGGGAAGACUUCAAUUUCACAAACAAUGAAUGCCCGAGUUGUACAACGACAACGACGAGAACUUCAACUACAACCGCGACUACAACUACAACGACGGCAGCUCCUUCUGCUACGACAGGAUCAGCCGUUUCAACAAGCUCUCCAACAUCAACUUCAACUACAACCUCAACAACGACUUCAACAACAGCAACGACGACAACAACUUCUACAACAACAACGACAACGACAACAACCACUACCACUACUACCACCACCACAACAACAACGACAACCACUACGACCACGACUACAACUCCCGGCCCAGUCGAAUUCAUCUUGAAUAUCCCUGCCAGUUCCGUCCGUGGACACAAACGAUUCCGAUUUAUCGAAACCGAGGAGGAAUAUGUUUACGUCGAUGAGGACGCUCAAAUGAAGAUCUACUUCGACGUCAAUUACAUGGCUUGGGUCAUUCUCCCCCUCAAAGCUAGGAACAUCUAUUCGAUGGUCUGCUACAAUUCAAAUGUCAAUGGCGAAGGGUUCCUCGGUCGCGUCAAUUACUUACAGUGCGUUGGCGACAAUGGCAACACCUGGGAACGAGUCGAAAUUUCCCCCAUAGAGAUUGAUGCAAAUUUCGUGGAAACAACAACAUCCACAACGACGACAUCAACAACUCCGACAACAGAAGUGCCGACAACUGCUUGUACAGUCUGCGAAGAGAAAUUUAGAAUGAGCAUUCCGGGAAAAACCAUCAUUUUAAAAAAGAUUGAAGACAAUCUUUAUGAACAGACUGGAGACAAAGAUCUGGAAAUUUCAUGGCUUCCGUACUUCAAAGCCUGGGUUUUGAAGCCAAAAGGCGCCCAAGGAAUGGUUCUAACUUAG